CCGUGUGCCCUAUCCAUAGCCCCACCCUCCGUGUGCCUUAUCCACAGCUCCAACCUCUGUGUGCAUUAUCCACAGCACCACCAUGCCGGGGAGUGAGCGCGCUCAGCCGCUCUUCCGCGCCUCGGCGCCGGGGAAUUAGUGGCGGGUGUUCGAAUGUGAAGUGCAUGGUUUUUCCCUUAGUCGUCGCAACUUUUUUUUUCGGGAGGAAUGAGAGGCGCGUGUGUGGCUCUGAAAAUGGGAUUGUUUCUGCACAACGCCGCGCCUGUCACCCCCACGGCCGCCGCCACGGAGCGGGGUUUUGGUUGGUGUGGGCCAUCAUCUUCAUUUUGAGCUGCUGCUGUGUGUGUCACCACCGGCGCACCAAACACAGACUGCAGCAACAGCAGCGACAGCACGAGAUCAACCUCAUUGCUUAUCGUGAAGCACACAACUAUCCCUCAGUGCCCUUCUACUUCAGGUUUCUACCAAGCUACCUCCUGCCAGAUUAUGAAGAAGUAGUGAAUCGGCCGCCGACCCCUCCCCCACCAUAUAGUGCCUUACACACAGGACCAUCCACAGCAACCUCACAGCCUCAUCCUGAGCAGCAGGAAGGACACUGUCCCGCCACUCAACCCAUGCCAGUUCCUCCAGACUCUGAGCGCCAUUGUAGCAGACCCAGUUCGGAAGCGCAACGACCCCCCUCUACUUUAGAUUUAAGUCCCAACGCGGACGACAAGCCGGUGCAGACCACACAAGACUCGAGCAUGAUACUUUUGUCCGAGGGGCUGAGUAGAGAGGGACUCGAACAAGAGGAGAAAAGAAGCGACUGCAAGGAUCCUCUUCUGAAGGAUCUGUCCGAUGACAAAGAUCGACUCCCUAAUGGCAGACGGCGACGAUUCACCGGGGACUCCGGGAUUGAGGUGUGUGUGUGCGGCUCACGCGGGAGCAACGAUUGUGGUGGAGCAGGCAACCAAGAAGGCAAGGAGUUGCGGGAGCUGGACAGCCUUCUGGGUCGCGAGGGAGACGAGGAGGAGGCUGGAGACUUCUGCGACAGCUGUGUUCAGCGGUCCUCCUUCACCGUGGAGGAAGAGCGGGCGCUGGGCGCCUCGGAGAGGAGAGCGGCAUCGGUAUCCUCUCAGACGCCUCACCACACAGGCAGCGCCUCACCGUACCCUCCGGUGUGUCUCCUCCUGCACACAAUCAGCGAGCAGGACGGUCCUUACCAAAGCACCAGCACAGAGGCCCAGGGUUGAAAGACACCUUGGUAACCGCAACAAAGGACGUAGAAACCUUAUAUGUGUGUCAAGACUUUUAAAAGGUGUGGUGCAGAUACCAUGUAGAGCUUCAAAGCUAGGACUGAGGGAUAAGAAAACAGCCCUAUUACACACUGGAACAUGAAGCAGCCUUAGUUAGACAGGAAACCUCUUCUGAAGCAGCUCGGUCAGUGGCUUUGAACCCUUUUGCACACUUGACACAUGCCAAAGACUAGACCACUAGAACAGAAACGGGAAGAUGGCUAAUCUCAUUAGGUGUACACAACUAAUUGCAACCGUUUCUAUUCGUCUGUGUCACACAUUCAACAGGUCCUUCCAGCAUAAAUGUGUGUUUGAGCAAGCAAGAACAUCUGACCUGCACCUGAAAGUGCUUUUUUCAGCAAUUUCUCAAAAAACUAACUCUGCUUGGGUCCUAUUUCUUGCGCUCUAUCUGAACCACUAGUUAAAGUGCAUUAACAAGUCGUCAUACGAUGAGCAGUUCCUAUUUUGCACAAAUUGUAUUUAUAUUUUAUAAAUUAAGCUUUUAACAAAAAAGACCAUCAUUCUGUGUUUCAUCAGUCUUACAUGGUUCAUUUCAAGACUGGAAUGGAACGGAAUAGUCACUUGUUGGGUCCUAAAUGGUCUUUUUUGGUAACUUUAUGAAUGUUAACAAUAUGUGCCUACCUGAAAAGCUGACAAGGAGAGCGUGUACCAAAAUAAUUCUUACAGAUACCGAUGAGGCGGACAUUACUUUCGCUCACAUAAGCAGAUGAUCAUGUUCACCAGCUGCAGCGUAUAAAAGCACUCAUCUCAGUGGCUGCAUUUACAGUUAUUAUAUAUUAUAUCAACAGACUUACCGUAUCCUUCUCCUACAGUGGUAUUCAGAAGUUACUGUCAUUUAACAACAAGUGCGUGCAUAAGCCAUAAUUUGCACAAAACAAUGCUAAACAUUUUGCCCGUCUUCUAAUGCGUGAUGUUUAAUAACCUGAGGGAUGAAUUGUGCCUUUUAAAGGGCGCUGAAAGCUUUUUUUUUUUUUUUCACCAUGGUUCAAAUGGUGUUAUUGUCUUACUGGACUCGUCAUGAAAGUUGUAGUAGUACUCUUCAAUAUAGUACACAUGGCACAAAAUGGUACAUGGCAAAGAGGCUCUGCAUCUUGGAAAUUGUGUAGAAGAUACAAAACCUGUUAAUAAAAUGACUAAAUUGUAAGAAUAAUCCUAUCCAUGAAUACAAUGCAUUCACAAAGUAUUCACAGCAGUUCACUUUUACCCCAUUUUAUGUUAUAGCCCUACUCCAAAAUGGUAUAAAUGUAUUUUUGAACUUAACAUUUUACACACAAUUUUCAAUAAUGACAAUGUAAAGUUGUUUUUUUAUUAGGCAAAUGUAUUACAAAUAAAAUGCUAAAAAGUCACAUGUACCCAAGUAUUCCCAGCAUUUGCUAAAUAUUUCGUUGAUGCCCCUUUGCCAGCAAUUACAGCCUCAAGUCUUUGAAAACAAUGCCACUAGCUCGGCACACCGAUCUUUUGGCAGUUGCAUGCAUUCCUCUUUGCCCAUUCUUCUUUGCAGCACCUCUCAAGCUCCAUGACGUUGGAUGUUAAGUGUUGGGUGUUAUCCUGGAUGUCUCUGUAUUCAUCGUUCCCUCUAUCCUGACUAGUCUCCCAGAACCUGCCACUGAGAACCAUCCCCACAGCAUGAUGCUGCCACCACCAUGCUUCACUGUAGGGAUGGCAUUGGCCUGGCAUUCACCCCAGAGUUCAAUCCUUGUCUCAUCGGACCAGAGAGUUUAGUUUCUCAUGGUCUUGGGGGUCUUUUUAGGUGCAUUUUGGCAAACCUUAUAUCAACAAAUAACUUCCACUAUACAUACACCACACAGGCCUGAUCCCUGCAGAGAUAGUUGUCCGUCUGGAAGGUUCUUGCUCCACAGAGAAAUGCUGCAGCUCUGACAGAGUGACCAGUGGGUUCUUGGUCCCUGACUAGACUAAGAUGAAUGCAGCAAUGUACAAAGACAUCUUGGAUGAAAACCAACGCUUCCCAUCCAACCUGAUGCAGCUUGAGGUGUUGCAAAGAGGAAUGGGCAAAACUGCCCGAAAGUAGGUGUGCCAAGCUUGUGGCAUCUUAGUUAAAAAGACUUGAGGCUGUACUUGCUGCCAAAGGCACAUCAAAGUAUUGAGCAAAUGCUGUGAAUACUUAUUUUUGAAAAAAAAAAUGUUUACAUUGUUCAGUUCAGUUUAUUUUCAGUCUAACAAAAACAUAUUCAAACAUGGAUCACGAUUCAAAAAUGAAUAACAUGACUGAAACAGGCAGAAGCAAAAAAGCUUAUAUGCCCAACAUAAACAUUUUUUUUUUUACAUUCAAUUAAGUUACCUUUUCUAAUAAUUUUGUAAUACAAAAAGAAAUAUAGUCAUUCAGCAUUUACAUUUAAGUUGCCCUUUAACAAAUAAUACAAAAAUAUGUACUUACACACAUGCACUUUUGUCAUUAUGGGGUUUUGUCUGUAUAAUUUUGAGAACAGCCGUAACAUAAAAUGUGGAAAAAGUUGGAUGCCGUGAAUAUUUUCCAGAUACUGUUUGCCUCGCAGUUUAAACGUGACCAUACUGCACUACAAAAAGCAAAUGGUCACAUGUCAAAUACAACUGAACUGUACCCUAACAAAAUCUCCCACCAACUGCAAGAUGAAUGCGCAUGGAAAACAUAUUUGUUACAAUUAGUGCAUCUGGGAUAAGCUCCAGUCAAAAAUGGAAAGGAUUUUUGCAGACCGAACAUUCAGCAAACUUUACAAAGCACAACGUUUUCAGCUACUGUAAAAGUAUGCAUACUCUGAAACAUAGCGCUGUCUGUUUUAGUGCCGUUAUUUGUGUGAUUCCAUAUAAUUUUACCCAUCAACAUACACCUUGUGGUACAAGUACAGUAGUGUAAAGAGUUAUUUUUCCUUUGAUAAUUAAAAUAAAAACCUGUCAUAUUUAAAUAAAAAAAAAUGGUGUACAAUGACAGGACAUGUUUUAGCCAAACAUGAAAAUAAAAAUCAUUAGCCUUAUUUGUGAAGGGGUACACCGUGAUUGAACAUGCAUGUUUGAAGGAGAAAUCAUGCCAAAGACUUGUUUCGUUCAUCAUUGUGUGGAAGUGCACAUAUCCUUUUGAAUGUCAACUACGCCAACAUCAACCAAGGUGGAUGUACUUUCAAUAAACAUUUCGAUUUAAUCUGAA